AUGGCGGAUAUUAAUGAACUUAUAAAAGAAGAGGAAGCAAAAUAUGGGCCUUUUUUUGGGACACUUGGUGUCUCUGCGGCGAUGAUGUUUACAGCGGCUGGAUCAGCUUAUGGUACUGCUAAAGCAGGUACUGGCAUUGCAUCGAUGUCAGUUAAUCGACCAGAUCUUGUUAUGAAAGCUAUUGUUCCCGUUGUUAUGGCUGGUAUUGUUGCAAUUUAUGGUCUUGUUGUAGCCGUUAUUAUUUCUGGCAAAGUGCAACCGGCUAGUAAAGACUACACAGUGGUGUCAGGUUUCAGUCAAUUUGCAGGUGGUUUAGUUUGCGGCUUAUGCGGAUUGAGUGCAGGUUAUGCGAUCGGUAUUGUCGGUGAUGUUGGUGUGCGAGCGCUUUCAUUACAGCCGAGAUUUUUUGUUGGCAUGAUUCUUAUAUUGAUUUUUGCCGAAAUGUCAGGAAGUGGUCCAGAAAUCAUCGAACAAGUUGCGUAUGCACCAUUUUUCGGUUAUAUGGGUGUUGCUUCAGCACAGAUUUUUGCUGUGCUUGGUGCUGCAUAUGGUACUGCAAAAUCAGCUGUGGGUAUAGCUAGUAUGGGUGUUAUGCGACCUGAACUUAUUAUGAAAUCGGUCAUUCCUGUUAUUAUGGCUGGUAUUAUUGGUAUCUACGGCCUUGUCGUGGCUAUGGUGUUGAAAGGUAAAAUUACACCAGCAUCACAAGGUUAUACUAUCCAUCAAGGAUUUGCCCACUUCGCCGCUGGAUUAACUUGUGGACUUUGUGGUCUCGGUGCCGGUUAUGCCAUAGGUAUUGUAGGAGAUGCUGGAGUCCGAGGAACUGCCCAGCAACCGCGACUUUUUGUCGGAAUGAUUCUCAUCCUUAUUUUCUCUGAGGUAUUGGGUCUAUAUGGUAUGAUUGUCGCACUUCUUUUGGGUACUUCAUAA